CGAGAAGCUCCCGUGUAGCCAAGAUGUAUACCGACGAGAUGGAGGCUAUGGACGAGGUACACCAGGAGACAAUUGCCAAGAAGACGCAGCAAGGCAUCGUCAUACAACACAAUAUGCGCUCACCACCGCAUUUCUCCUCUUCACAGCCUCCGUUCUCGCCGUCUCAGCGGUUGGCGAGGCAAAAUGCAGCACAGAACGCUCUGAACUCGCUCCAUCUGCCAAGUUCACCCCCAAGUCAGUUGCUUGAGGAGGAGUCACAAUCACAAUCUCUAGGGGUAAAUCGUUGUGAUCCGAGCGCGUAUGAUUAUGACGAUGACGAGGAGGAGAUGGAAAUUGGAGGGUCGCCAACAAGAUCAAGAACGAUGGGACCACCGACCGUUUUGGCAAAGGCACUGAAUGAAGCCUCGGACAAGGAGAUUAACACGCCACCAGCAGCAAAAUUCAGUUUCGACAACCCUUCGUUAGGACGUUUGGCAUCUAUUCAGUCACACGACGACUUGCCCGGAGUCCAUCUGCCCAAACACGACCAUCUACGACCACCGCCCCCAGGAAUGUUACACGUCAAGGGUUUCACCUCAAACGGCACCCCCCUAUGGUUCCCAAAGAAGGCACCAAAACCACCCAGAACAAGACGGAUGGAUAUGCCGGACGGUGCUUCCUACGGACUGGACAGAAUAAACAAACUUCUUGACGAGCUCGAAACAGAGGACUUAUUACUAGCACAGCAGGAGAGCCUUCAACAAAUGGAGCAAGACGUGAACGACGCCGACGAAAUCGACAUCGUGAAACGCAACACCCUCUGGACAGACAAAUACCGCCCCCAAAAAUUCACCGACCUCCUCGGCGACGAACGCACCCAUCGCGACCUCCUCCGCUGGCUCAAACACUGGGAUUUCUGCGUAUUCGGGAAAGGGAAUCCGGAGUCCACGCUGAAGUCCUUCAAAUCCGAUUCGUCGUUCGGUGGUGGUGGGAGUGAUUUUACGCCUGCGCCAGAUGUGUAUAAGAGACCGGAGCAGCGGAUUAUUAUGUUGACUGGACCGCCUGGGUAUGGGAAAACGACGUUGGCGCACAUUGCGGCGAAGCAGUGUGGGUACGAGGUUAUUGAGAUUAACGCUUCGGAUGAUCGAACUGGUGCAGCGGUUCGGAAUAAGGUCGGGAACGCGUUGGAUACGCAUUCAAUUACUGGGAGUGGUAAACCAGCGUGUAUCAUCAUCGACGAAAUCGAUGGUGUGAGUGGACAGGGUGGUGAGCAGAGUUUUAUCAAAGCAUUAUUGGAUUUCGUCACGGCGGACGAACAGGCAAGUCUCGGCGCACGAAAGAGAAAGAAGAAGAAGACCACGAAACCCUUGUUACGACCCAUCAUCUGUAUCUGCAAUGACCAGUUCGCACCUGCGUUGAGGCCUCUGCGGCAGUAUGCACAGAUUCUACGAUUCAAGAAGUUACCGACGACGAGUAUUGUCAACCGGUUGAAGCAGAUAUGUACGAAGGAGGGGUUACAGGCUGAUUUGAAUGCGUUGGGGUUGUUGUGUGAGAGGACGGAGGGGGAUAUGAGAUCAUGUAUGAACGCGUUACAGUUCGUCAGGAUGAAGGGGGAUAAACUCACUGUCGACACCGUUUCGAACUCGAGUGGAGUCAUCGGGCAGAAGGACGUUGGCAAGAGUUCGUGGAGUGUGGUUGAAUCUAUCUUCCGUGUUUUGCACGCAAAGGAGGAAAGAGUGAAAUUCAAUACCGGUAUCUCGACCGGACACGGGAAGAGAUUCGUGGGGAGGUUGGUGGAGGAAGUCAUGACGAACGGUGAAUACGACAAAGUCAUGAUGGGAUGUUUCACCGCCUACCCAACCCAACCCUACCACGACAACCUCCUCUCCAAACCUUGCCAAGCCUCCGACUGGCUCUUCUUCCACGACUCCAUCCAACGCGGAAUUUUCGAUCGGCAGUUGGGUGAGUUGGGACAUUAUUCACCCUACGCCCCCGUUGCAUUCCAUCACCUGUUCGGUACGAUCAAACGACACGUUCCCGUCGAACGCUCGAACGCAGAUUGGGACGCACACCAAAAAACACUCCAAAACCGUGAAAUUCUGGAUACGCUCAUGUCCCACACAACCCCAACCCUCCGCCAAAUCUUCCGUGGAUCCGAAACAUUCGUUCUCGAACUCGCAUCCUUCCUCAUCCGAAUUAUCUCGCCUGACCUCAAGCCUGUUAAUUCACAACUUGUCAAGAGUGGAGAACGGGAGAUGUUGAAGAGGGUUGUUGAGGCGAUGAUAGGGUUCGAGAUGAAGUAUGUGCAGUAUAAGACGGAGGAGGGGUUAUUGAUUUAUCGACUUGAGCCGCCGUUGGAGGGGGCGGUUAUGUUUGAGGGUGGGGUUAGUCAGAAGGUGUUGCCGCAGAGGUAUGCGAUUCGGCAGAUGAUUGCGCAGGGGAUUGAGAGGACGGAGGUAUUGGGGAUUACGCCUGAGGAGCCAACAUCCUCGACUAAGAAGGGUGAGGUGGGUGCGGCGGGUGGGAAAGAAGCCGUCAAAAAAGAUUUCUUUGGUCGCGUGAUUGUGCCGAAGACGGAGGAGGAAAAUGAGGGAGAAGGGGCGGAGAAGAAGAAGAGGAAGUGGGAGGCGGAGAAACCGAGGGUGUGGGUUAAGUAUCAUGACGGAUAUUCGAAUGCGGUGAGGAAGCUUAUUACGUUAAAUGAACUGUUGUCGUGAGCGUCGAGCGACACGGACGCGGGCGAGAUGACGUGGACGUGGACGUGGUGUUUUUUUUUUGGAGUUUUGGGCGUUCUGCAUCUCGGGAAUUCGAAGUUUUGUUCAGGG